CCGCCACGAAAAUGAUGGCAGUCUCGCCCGCCCAUCCACCCGGCAGGAGAACGCCGUCAACGGCGACCACCUGUGGAUGGAGACCAGCUGCUCGGGCGAACUCUGCUACCUCGGGGAGGACGCCUGCCUGCUCAAGGCUGCGGUGAGCUCGCUCGCUCCAAGUCAUCUGCUGCCUCCCCGUCUUGACAGCCGACCUGUGUGUUUGUGCUUGAAGAAGUCUGCGCCUAGGAGGAAUUGCGCCGCCUGCAAGAUCGUCGUCCACACCGGCGCUAUCCAUGAGCGACAGAGCGGGGGGAAGACCCCGGUGGAGCAGGCGGCGGGCGACCUGGAGCUGACCUCCUACCUGAGCAGCCACAAAACUCCUUCGGCCCCCCACGAGGACUUGGAGACGGCAGUCUGACGCACACACCCACGCGCUUUUCACGCUGGGGCGCAGGUUCCACGUCAGCGGGCGCUUUCUGGCCCGCCCGGCUAUUUAUGUUCUAUUAUUUAUUGAUCGAGACAGGUAUUUAUUGCGAGGGCGCUUUGGAGAGCGGCCGACGUGCUGAGGUGUUUCCACCCGUGCGAGCCUUUGCGCCAAAUGUCCCACCGAGUGGCUCACGGGAACAAGUAUUCUUUCGCCGCUCCAAAAGCUACGACUAACAACGGAGCGGAAGCCGAGAUGCCAAACGAGUGACAUUCGCAAAUAUCAAAAUAUCAAUCAAAACUUCUUUGAAAUGUG